AUGAGAGGAAUAACAUCUUGUUACAAAGAACAUGCUAUUAGAGUUUCUGAUUUGUAUUGUUCAAGACCUUCAAAUUCAAAUCAUUCUUAUCUUGUUCCAAAGCUCAAUAACAAUCCUUCAACCCAAAAUUCAAUUACUUGCAUCUAUAAACUCUCGAUUCAAAAACAAGAACUUCUCAUCACAGUAACAUGGACCAAGAAACUCAUUCGUCAAGGUUUCAUCAUAAACAUUGAUUCCGAUUUUGUUAAUGUUAUCUCGAAAAACAGAGGAGCUGAAACGUUUCAGUUUCAAAUCUUUGAAGUUAAACUCAUAUGGGAUCUUUCUACAGCUAGAUACGAUGAAGGUCCAGAACCGGUUGAAGGAUUUUACAUCGUUGUUUUGGUGAAUACUGAAUUGGGUCUUUUCCUCGGAGACAAAGACAAAGAAGAAUUAUCAUUACAAGAGAAGAAAACACACGGAGCGAGAAUUACAAUGGUUUCAAGAAGUGAAAGAUUUUCUGGUACAAGUGUUUAUGCAACAAAGGCAAAGUUUUCAGAAACGGGGAUUUUACACGAGAUAAUGAUAAAGUGCGGUGUUGAAGAUGGAUCAAAGAGUAACAUAUUGUGUUUGUUUAUGGAUAAGAAGAUGGUGUUUCAAGUGAAGAGAUUGAAGUGGAAUUUUCGCGGGAAUCAGACGAUUUUCGUGGAUGGUUUAGUUGUUGAUAUGAUGUGGGAUUUGCAUGAUUGGAUUUUCAAUUAUCAUAGUAAUGAAUCAGCUGUUUCUUGUGUUUUUAUGUUUAGGACAAGAAGUGGUUUGGAUAGUAGAUUGUGGUUGGAAGAAGAGAAGAAUUUGCAGAAACAGAAGGAACAACAAGAUAGAAUUGGAUUUUCUUUGUUGAUAUAUGGAUGUAAGAAACCUGAUUAA